UUGCACAAUUACAGGUGCUCUCUCGACAGCUUCCUCUUGAAGGAUCUGAACUACGAUGAUAGCUUGACAGCAGGGCAGGAAGCACAAGUGUUCAAAUUUGCUGACAAGCCAACUAUAUUCUUUUCAUGUACAAUCCGAUUGGAACUCAAGGAAGAGUCUAAUGACGAAUGCAUUGUCAGAACUUCACUGAAUCAGAAUUUCAUUAGUUUAUUAAAAAAUGUUCUUUGCCUUGAUGUAGGUGUUCAGAAUUUAGAUUUAUUGGAAUCUAUAGAUUUGUUCAGCAUCCGUCACAAUACUGCACAGAUCCAAGACAAGAAUCUUUACCAUUCCGUACACAAAAUCGUGUGUCAACUGAAAUCUCGAAGGACUUUCCGAGACCACCGGCGAAUGUAUCUGACGAGGAGGUAA